CUGCUUCAUUUGUGGUCUGUGGGUAGCUGGCCUGGCUGCGAUAAUUUUGGACUUCGGUGUAGUGCACCGUAAACUAAUUAUUUUCCGCAUAAUUCGAUCUACGUGUUCACUAUUCAGCUUUCAGUAGUUUCUGGAUUUUGGUAUCUUUCUGUACAAAGGUAAACUACCAGAAUGGAUACUUCAAUGACUGGAAGUCAAAUCAGAAGUAGUUUCAUUGAUUUUUUUAUCUCUAAAGGGCAUAAGUAUGUCCACUCUUCUUCAACAAUUCCCCAUGAUGAUCCUACUUUACUGUUUACAAAUGCAGGAAUGAAUCAAUUCAAACCAAUAUUUUUGGGAACUAUUGACCCAAACUCUGACAUGGGUCAAUAUGUAAGGGUAGUCAACACACAAAAAUGUAUAAGAGCUGGAGGCAAGCACAAUGAUUUAGAUGAUGUAGGAAAAGAUGUUUAUCAUCAUACUUUUUUUGAAAUGAUGGGUAACUGGUCAUUUGGUGAUUAUUUCAAAAAGGAAAUUUGUAGCUGGGCUUGGGAACUUCUCACUGAUGUUUACAAGCUAUCAGGAGAUAGGUUAUAUGUAACAUACUUUGGGGGAGAUGAGGCAUCUGGAUUAGAACCAGAUUUGGAGUGCAAAAAUAUAUGGAUUAAUUUGGGUGUACCUGAAUCUCAUAUACUCCCAGGAAGUAUGAAAGACAACUUUUGGGAGAUGGGGGAGACAGGUCCUUGUGGGCCAUGUUCUGAAUUGCAUUAUGAUCGAAUUGGUGGCAGAAAUGCAGCAAACCUUGUAAACAUGGAUGACCCGGAUGUUCUUGAAAUUUGGAAUUUGGUGUUCAUACAAUUUAACAGAGAAAUGGAUGGAUCAUUAAAAGCACUACCAAAAAAGCAUAUUGAUUGUGGGCUAGGAUUAGAGAGAUUAGUUUCUGUAAUUCAAAAUAAAAGAGCAAAUUAUGAUACAGAUUUUUUCAUGCCCAUAUUUCAAGCUAUACAAAACGGAACUAAAAUAAGACCUUACACUGGUAAAGUUGGGGCAGAUGAUACAGAUGGAAUUGAUAUGGCAUACAGAGUCUUGGCUGAUCAUGCAAGAACUUUAACCAUAGCUUUGUCUGAUGGUGGGCACCCAGACAACACAGGAAGAGGCUAUGUUCUAAGAAGGAUUUUAAGAAGAGCAGUGCGUUUUGCAUCUGAGAAACUAAAUGCAAAGCCUGGGUUUUUUGGAUCUUUAGUUAAUACUGUUGUAAAAUUAUUGGGUGAUGUAUUUCCUGAAAUUACAAAAGACCCAGAAUCUAUAAUUCAAACUAUUAAUGAUGAAGAAAUCCAAUUUUUAAAAACUCUUUCUCGAGGUAGGAAUUUGCUCAACAGGACCAUUGAGAAACUUGGUGAUUCAAAAACAGUACCUGGUGAUGUUGCUUGGAGGAUGUAUGAUACAUAUGGUUUUCCAAUUGAUCUAACACAAUUGAUGUGUGAAGAAAAAAACUUAGCAAUUGAUAUGGAAGCUUAUGAAAGAGCUAAAAAAGAAUCUCAAUUGUCCUCCCAAGGAAAAUCUGUUGGACAGGAAGACUUGAUUGCCUUAGACAUUCAUGCAAUUAGUCAUUUGCAAGAGAUUGGCAUGCCAAUUACAGAUGACUCCCCAAAAUAUAAUUAUACACCAUCUUCUAAUGAAAAAGAAGCAGAAUAUGAAUUUGCACCAUGUACAGGAACAGUUUUAGCAUUAUGUAGAAAUAAAGAGUUUGUAAAUGAAAUUACAAGUGGUCAAGAAGGUGGCGUCAUUUUAGAUCGCACUAGCUUCUAUGCUGAACAAGGAGGACAAAUAUUUGAUGAAGGAUACAUGGUUAAAACUGAUGAUGACAGUGUAGAAUUUACAGUAAAUAAUGUACAAGUCAAGGGUGGUUAUAUUCUUCAUACAGGAAAAGUUGAGGGUACACUUAAAGUUGGAGACAAAGUAUUAUUGCAUAUAGAUACAGAAAGACGUCGCUUGGUCAUGAAUAAUCAUACUGGGACCCAUGUUCUAAAUAAUGUUUUGAGAAAAGUUCUUGGAAAUGAUUCUGAUCAACGUGGCUCCCUAGUAAUGCCAGAUCGGUUGAGGUUUGAUUUUACUAAUAAAGGUCCUAUGACUGUCAAACAGAUAAAAGACACAGAAGAUCAAAUCAAAGAAAUUAUAAAUUGUAAUAAGCGUGUUUACGCUAAACACACCAGCUUAAGUGCAGCUAAAAAAAUUAAUGGUCUCCGUGCUAUGUUCGAUGAACAUUAUCCAGACCCAGUUCGCGUUGUUUCUGUUGGAAUACCUGUUGAAGAAUUGGAAAAUAAUCCUGAGGGCACUGCUGGAUUUGACACAUCUGUGGAAUUUUGUGGUGGGUCACACUUGCACCAAACUGGACAUAUUGGAGAUUAUGUUAUUGUUAGUGAAGAAGGAAUAGCUAAAGGUAUUCGAAGAAUUGUAGCUUUUACUGGUCCAGAAGCUACAAAAGCAAUUAAUAAAUUGAGCAUUCUAGAAAAUGAAGUCAAUAAUAUUGCCAACUAUGUCAAAGAUCAGGGUGAUAAUAUUGAUAACAAAGAAAUCGUCAAAAAAAUCGUUGAUCUCACUAAUGAUGUAUCUCACGCUCAGAUAGCUUAUUGGAAAAAAGAAGAAUUAAGAACAAUGCUUAAAAAUCUAAAGAAACAACUUGAUGACAAAGAAAGAGCUGCUAAAGCUAUGACUAUCAAUUUAGUAAUUGAGAAAGCUAAGGAAAUAUGUCUACAAGAUAACUCCUCAGAUGUUAUUGUAUCUGAAUUAAAAGCAUUUAAUAAUACAAAAGCAUUAGAUGGAGCUUUAAAACAAGUUAAGCUAUUACAGCCUAACGCAGCUGCUAUGUUUUUUUCUGUUGAUGAUGAUUCCAAUAAAAUAUUUUGUUUAGCAGCUGUGCCUAAAAAUCUUAUCGAAAAAGGUCUAUUGGCAUCAGAAUGGGUUCAGGCUGUUGUGCCAAUCAUGGGGGGCAAGGGUGGAGGAAAGGCCGAGUCUGCCCAAGCUUCUGGAAAUAACCCGAAAGGGCUUUAUGAAGCUAUUAAGAUUGCGCGCAAUUUUGCAGAAAAUAAAUUGUCUUAAUUUCUGUUGCACUACAAACCAGUAAUGCAUGUAAUUUAUUAUUUCUUUUCAAUUGUAUUGAUAGCGUUGUAAUUAUUUUUGUUAUGCUCAUGAAAUAAUUUAAAUAAAUGUCUAAUGUUUUUUCAUUUGUCUAUGAA